AACAGCCGCCGGCCCCGCUCCGAGCCCCUCGGCGAGGCGACGCUUUCCCUGUCCAACCCCCCCGGCGGGGUGGGUACCCCGCUUCUAGAGCCCCACAAGCAGACGGGCGCUUCCCCGUGCCCGGGCUCCCGCGGCGGGAGCAUGGCCGCGCAGAGCGCCCGGGAGGGCGUCUGUGACCCCCCGCCCCGACCGGAGCAGCCCGGCAAACCUGGCGGGUAUAUAUCCAAACUUAGAGAACUUGUGAAACAUGAAGCAGAGAAAAAUAAAUCUCAGUGGAAAACUAUGGGGCCUGCAAAAGUUGCAGUGCCAUCUCCAAAGGAUUUUCUGCAGAAACGUUCCAAGGAACCCAAAUUAGCACCAAAAAAAAAAGAACAGGAUGGUAAAAGAUUGCUUCCGUUAUUGCCACCGAGGACAUACCACCCAGUUGUUCACAUUAAAAAGAAUUUUAUAAAUAAAAAUGCAGUUGCUGUUAUCACGAGGGAACCUAAAAAGCCUCGACAUUUUUGUGUUGAUACAAGACAGGGAGAUAAAUAUCUCCUUGAACCUUCAGGACUUUUUCCAAAAUACAUUAAAAAAAGGAAUUAUGGUGUUUUACCAAAAUAUGUUACACGGAGGAAUGAAGAAAUGAAGAGAGAGGAGGAAGAAUACCAGGCCAGUGUUUUGGAGCAACUCAAGAAGAAAGCCAUGAAAACACUAUCUGAAGAAGAAAGGACAAAUAUUCUGAAGGCACUGAAAAGGAACUGGGAGGAAAUAAAUCAUGAAUAUCAGCGUCUUCCAGUACUAACAGACACCAGGUACAAGAGGAUGCAUAAAGAAGAGCUGGAAUUAAAGCUGAAACAACUGGAGCAUGACAUAGCAGCAAUCGAGAAACACAAAAGUAUCUACAUUGCAGAUGUAUAAGGAUUCUUGUUCAGAUGCUGCCUCUUUUCUCCUUUUUUUCUAUCUGUGCAUCUCCAGGAAGUGCCUCUCUAAAUUCUCAGAAGAUGCUACCGUCAACUAUUUAGAAGGAAAUAGUCAACUAAAUAUGUAGCUUCUUAGAAAAGUUGUUACAUAUAACUCACCUGUACAAUUCCCAAAACAUUUUGAAAUAAAAUGUUCAACUAAACUUUGAGUAUGAAUAAUGUAUUUAUUAUUCUUUGUAAUUUUUGUUAACUACUAAGAUUUCUAUAAACAUCCUACAGAAAGCAUAUAAAAUACUGUUUCAUAGGUUUGGAGUACAUCUUUCCUUGCCUAGCCAAAACAAAGGGAAGUAAUUGGCUGCUGAAGACAGCUUGGUAAAUACAACUUCAGGAUGGAAUGGAUUCUGGGCUAUAUAUUAAAGAGGUGUUGUGCUUAACUUAAAAGAUUGAGUGAUUGUAUUUCUAAACAGCUUGGCAUCUGCAUAACAUUUUGUGUACUCAUUUUUUCUUACCAAAACCAAUUUUUAAUGUGCAAACCUGUAAUA